AGUCGCGGGUUCAAUCUCAUUACCACACAAUUUUUAGUGUGCUAUAUUGGGUUUCAAGCCCAGUUUAUUUUCGACUCCAAAAUUUUCAAAAGAUUUGCCAGUUUCCCUCCAACGGAAUUCAAACCUUCCGCCAACACGAAGCUGUGUGUGAGAGAGAGAGAGAUGAGGGAUAGCAACCAUCUGCAAACUCCACAGAAGGACCCCUCUGGUUCCGCCAAUCGCAGAUCGAAAUCCGUUCCCGAUCAAUCCAAAAAGCAUCCUAAAAAUGCGAAGAAGAGCUUGAAAUCCGAGUUCGACACGCUAGUGGAAGGUGCUGCCUUGACUGAAUCGCCAAAGGAAUCUGCUGAUUUCUCUCUUAUUUCCGAAGUUGUUGAUGACUUUCAAUUUAGUGAAUCCACUGAGGUAAUUUCAAAAUUCGAUUCUCAAUUUCAUGUUCGGAUUCGUACAUACUUCGCUUUAUAGGGGCGUCUAGUAGUAUUUUAGUAUAUAUUGAUUAAAUCUGCUGGUAAAUACGAUCCUGCUGCUGUUUCUGCAGGUUUGUUAUAGCUUAUGCAUAUUUCCAUUUCAAUUUUGCUGCUUUGCUUUCUUCUCCCUAGUUUGAAGGCAGUUUGUGAUUCUGUAGUGGUGUUUUAUGAUCCUUUUUAGUAACUGAACUAAGCUAAUGCAUAUCUCAGUUGUUAGAUCUCUGAUAGCAAAUCACAAUAUAUAUUUAGCAGCAUUCUAGAUAUCCAUCAGUUUUGCUUUACACUAGCUCUGUACAUGAUAGAAUUUAGGAUGGGUAUGGACAAUUGGAUUGGGCAAUAAGACACUUGGGUUGAACCACAUUAAAAGAUUGAAUCCAAUCGAUUAGUUAGUCCAACUCAAGAGCUUAUAUACCGGUUAUUUUACUCUUGAACUUCCGAUGUGGGAUGCACUCUAACACUCCCCUUCAAGUGGACAACCGGGCCAUUUUGAAUCUAACCGGUUGACCACUUGCAAAUGAACUCUCAUUCCCUUGACUUUUUUUUUUUGAGCGCCAACACCUAAAGGACCACGAGCCGCUGGGUAUGGACUUCCAGACGAGCAAUCGUGUUAAACAGGCCACAGGCCGU